AUGGAGCAACAACGGCAACUUCUACAUUUUUGCGAUUCAAAGCAUCCUCUGGACUGUUGGCAAUACUACAACAGAGGUGAUACUUGUUGUGGGUGCCAAGAAUCAGUUUAUGGUCCUAACCACUGGUGUCCAAGAGUUGGAUGCUCGGCCUAUGUGGACACACGCUACGGGCUUUACUAUUGCUCCAAAUGUGAUUUUGUUGUCCACCUCAAUUGUGCUAUAAAUUGGAGAAACAAGGAGGACAUAAAUUUGCUAGAACUUAAAGAUGAGGAGAACGAAGAUAUAGAGCUCGAUCAAUCUGUUGAGUCAGUAGCAGCUUACGAAGUCAAAAAUAUCAAAGUGGGGGAGGACGGAAUUGAAAUAAUCACAGAAAUUAAAUACUUCAGUCAUGAGCAUGACUUAAAGCUCACUGAUGAGGAGGUUCACAAUAAGGACAAAAAAUGCGAUAGGUGCGUAAGAGCUAUUCUCCCUCCUUUUUACAGUUGUGCCGAAUGUAGCUUUUUUCUUCAUAAAUCUUGUGCUAAUUUGCCAAUAAAAAAGUGAAACUCACUUCAUUGACACCCACUCACCCUCCGAAAGCCGCUCUCCUUCCACCGGUGUGAUGCCUGUUACCAGGCUCGUAAUGGCUUCUUGUACACUUGUAAGUCAUGCUACUUUGAUCUUGAUAGUUGCAGUAGUUGUGGUGAUAGAAGAAAUAAAGUAUUCUGUUGUACCAGUUGUGAAUUUGCACUUGACUUUAAAUGUGCGACACUACCACAAACCACAAGGUACAAACAACAUGAGCAUCCCUUCACUCUCAGUUAUGAAGCUGAAGAUGACUCUGGUGAAUAUUGUUGUGAUAUUUGUGAAAAAGAACGAAACCCAAACCAUUGGUUUUACUACUAUGCCGAUUGCACUUAUCUUGCACAUCCCAAAUGUAUUCUUGGGGAAUAUCCAAAUAAGAAGUAAGGAAGCUCUUAAAUAUUUGAUUGUCACUGACACCCCCUUUCUUUCACUAAGGAAACUAAAGAU